AUGGCAGAAAAACCCUUCUUUCUCAGUCCGUUUCUUGCUUUCUUGUUUAUUACCGCGCUCAUUUUUCUACCCCAAUCACAUUCUCAAGAAUCUCAACAAAGUCCAGUUUAUUUGGGGUUUGUAUCAAAUGCGACAGAUUUUCCCGCUGAAGAUUACUACGAUUACAUCAUUGUCGGAGGUGGCACCGCCGGCUGUCCACUGGCGGCGACGCUGUCGGAAAAACAUCGCGUGCUUGUUCUUGAAAGAGGUGGCGUUCCAUAUGGGAAGCCUAAUCUGAUGACUCAAGAUGGCUUUCUCACAACAUUAAUGGAAGUCGAUGCCUAUGACUCCCCUGCUCAAGCCUUCACCUCUGAAGACGGAGUCCCAAAUGCCCGAGGUCGAGUUCUUGGAGGAAGCAGUGCAAUAAAUGCUGGUUUCUAUAGCAGAGCCGAUCAAGAUUUCUAUCAAAGAUCAGGAAUGGAUUGGGAUCUUAAAGUGGUGAAUCAGUCCUAUGAGUGGGUUGAAAAAGCUAUUGUAUUUAGGCCUGAGCUUAGGAAUUGGCAAUCGUCAGUUAGAGAUGGAUUAUUGGAGGCUGGGAUUGAUCCCUAUAAUGGGUACAGUUUGGAUCAUGUUGUAGGUACCAAGAUUGGGGGUUCAACAUUUGAUAGCUCUGGUACAAGACAUAGUGCAGUAGACCUUCUAAACAAUGCAAAUCCUCCAAAUAUUAAGGUAGUAGUUUAUGCAAAUGUGGAGAGAGUUUUGCUGGCAUCUUCAUCAGCUUCUUCUGGGGCAAAACAAUCAGCUAUUGGGGUAGUUUUUCGCGAUCAUACAGGGCGGUACCACCAUGCUAUGUUGCAUGAUAGGGGCGAGGUGAUACUUUGCGCGGGGGCUGUCGGCAGCCCUCAGCUCCUGCUACUGAGUGGCGUUGGGCCGAGGCCUUAUCUCUCCUCGUGGGGAAUACCUGUGGCGCACCACUCAACUUACGUUGGUCAGUUUUUGUAUGAUAAUCCAAGAAAUGGGAUCUCUAUUGUGCCACCGAUGCCAUUGGAGCAUUCUCUCAUUCAAGUCGUGGGUAUUACCGCCUCAGGUGCUUACCUAGAAGCAGCCUCCAAUAUCAUACCUUUUGCUUCCCCUGCUCGUCCUAUUUUCAUUAGGUCACCCAGCUCUUCAGUUUAUCUUACUGUGGCCACUCUUAUGGAGAAGAUAGUUGGGCCACUUUCUGCUGGUUCUCUUAGAUUGGCAUCCACAGAUGUCAGAGUGAAUCCAAAUAUUUUUUUCAAUUACUUUAGCAAUCCAGGUGAUCUGCAGAGGUGUGUGAAUGGAAUGCGAAAAAUUGGUGAUGUACUGAAUAGCCGAGCUAUGGAUGAUUUUAAGUUCCAUCAAUGGUCUGGAGGUAGAGAAUUUAGGUAUGUUGGGCCUCCAUUGCCUGUCGACUUGUCCAAUGAUGCACACGUGGAAGAGUUCUGCCGGCGUACAGUGAGCACCAUAUGGCACUAUCAUGGUGGUUGCCUCGUGGGGAAGGUUGUUGAUCGCAACCUCAAAGUUAUCGGAAUUGAUGCUUUGAGAGUAGUCGACGGUUCUACUUUUAUGGUGUCACCUGGGACCAAUCCCCAGGCUACUCUUUUGAUGCUUGGAAGGUACUUCGGUUUGAAGCUACUGAAGGAGAGAUCAUGA